AUGGAGGCUGCCGAAGAACAAACCACCACCGGAGCAGCUGCAGCGGCUGGUGGUGGCGACGAUGAUUAUGAUGAUGGUCCCAAGGAUGUGACCAACAUCGCUAAAGGCAAACGCACCAAGCGUCAAAGGCCACAAUCCCCAAUUCGUUUCACAUUUUCAUCCUCCAACAACGAUUUAACGUCGCUGUCGUCUUCUGGUUUUCCCGCGGAUAGCAUUACCGCGGAAGAUGAGGACACCGCAGAGUCCCUCAUCCUCCUGUCGAAAGGUCUGUCAUUAGACAUUUCGACGUCUAGAAAACACAAAGACGAGUAUGAUGGAAUUUUCAAAUUUAAUAGCAAAAGGUUCAUACAAUCAUCCACCACCGGAGCAGCGGGUAUGUUUGUUUACGAAUGCAGGACAUGCAGCCGAACCUUUCCGUCAUUUCAAGCUCUCGGCGGCCAUCGAGCCAGCCAUAAAAAGCCGAGAAACAAUGAAGAGAUGCGAAAACCGCUACCCUACACGGCUGUCAUAGAAAACAAUGAGCCACCACCGGAAUGCGAAAACCGCUACCCUAGGAAUGACCAAUAUUAUGCCUCCUCCUCAUCUUCUCUCUCUUUUCAAUUAAAUAAUCGCACUUCAUUGAAGGCCUCCUCCAGGCUUCACGAAUGCUCAAUUUGUGGCACCGAAUUUAAUUCCGGUCAAGCGUUGGGAGGCCACAUGAGGCGACACCGCGUAGCCGGUGGCAGAAACAAAGGCGGACAGGCCACCGCCACCGCCACCACGUUGUCUUUGGUUCCGUAUAGUCCGAUCACCACCAUGGUUGUGCAUGAUCAGAAGUCUAACAAUGAUGCAUUAUGUUUAGGUUUGGAUCUCAACCUUCCGGCACCACAAACAACCGCCGCUAAGGACAAACAACAACCGGUCGUUAAUUUGUCCUCCGCCCCAACAUUGGUGGAUUGUAACUACUAAAGA